AUGGCGGAUUCCUCCAUCCCACUAGUCCCAGUGACGGUCCUGACAGGCUUCUUGGGGAGCGGAAAGACCACCCUGCUCAACCACAUCCUGACCGCAACGCACGGGAAGAAGAUUGCCGUCAUCGAGAAUGAGUUUGGCGAAGUCGGCGUGGAUGAUGAGCUGCUGUCGAAGAACACCAAGAUGCAGGCCGACGAGGACAUUAUUGAGAUGAUGAACGGCUGCAUCUGCUGCACGGUCCGGCAGGACCUGAUCGUCGUGCUUGAGAAGCUCGCCAAGCGUCGGCACGUCCGUAGGACCGGCAUGGCGGACCCGGCGCCUGUUGCACAGACCUUCUUCGUCGACGAUAAGGCGCGCCGCGCGUUCGCCAGGCUGGACGGGAUCGUGACGCUGGUGGACGCAAAGCACAUCGAGCAGCACCUCGACGAGGAGAAGCCCGAGGGCGCCGAGAACGAGGCGGUGGAGCAGGUCGCCUUCGCGGACCGCAUCCUGCUCAACAAGACCGACCUCGUGGAGAAGCGGCUCAAGUCGAUCAACUCGCAGGCGCCCGUCCAGCGCUGCACCAAGGCGGAGGUGUCGCCCGACUGGGUCCUCGACAUCGGCGCUUUCGACCUGAAGCGCGUCAUCGAGAUGGACCCCGAGUUCCUCAACACGAACGGCGAGCACGAGCACGACACUUCGGUGAGCAGCGUCGCGCUCACGGAGGAGAGCACGCCGCUCGACCUUGCCGCCAUCGAGGACUGGAUCGGCGGGAUGCUCAAGACCCAAGGCGCCGACAUCUACCGGAUGAAGGGCGUGCUGCACAUCGCACACGCGGAGCAGCGCUUCGUCUACCACGCGGUGCACAUGAUUUUCAACGGGGACUUCACCGAGCCGUGGGAGGAGGACGAGCCGCGCGAGAGCAAGCUCGUCUUCAUCGGCAAGAACCUCGACGCCGCCGAGCUCAAGGCGCGCUUCGAGGCGUGCCUCGCG